CAGCAUGAAUCCAUUGCAUCCGUACGAGAGACAUGACACGCUGAAGCAGUUCCUGCUCCAUGACCGUCACAUCCUGCGUUUCUUCUGUCUGUGGGACGACACCGAGAGCAAGUCGAAUGACCGACGGGAGCUGGUGCUGCACUACUUCCUCUCCGAUGACACCAUCGAGAUCAGGGAGGUUUUUCCGCCAAACUCGGGACGAGACAACGUGUCCAAGUUCCUGCGACGCUGC